UAAUUAACAAAUAAUAUUAUUCAGAAAUGAAAAUCUAAAUAUAUUUUAUAUCCGGGUAUUUUCAAGAUGGAUGCGCCCAGCUCAUACAUCAGUAACGAAUGGACCUGAAAAAUCUUUCUGUAAAACCGCUGUAAAACGACUCAGACAUUCUGGUUAUAACAGUUGUAUCUAUUGAUAUCAUUAAGUAAAUUAAUGAACUUUCGUCUAAGAUAAUUAGCAUGACACUUAAAAGAUAUGCAAGCGAUUGCACCACAUCACGAGAUAAGUUGCCAGAUGGUGAUGCAAUAUAAUAGGAUGGCGACCCUUAAAAACAAAAUUUGAAUCAAAGAUCUUAAAUUUAGGAAGAUACCAACACGAUAAAAAGAAAUGGCAUCUACAUCUACACUCACUCCUCCUGGUACCCCUAAAAAGAUACAGAAGAGACCCUCAAAGCAGUACUCGACCUGUCUACUAUACAAUACUGGGCAGGCCCUGGCAAAGCUGACAGACCUCACAUUGGCAGCCUGCAACCCUACACGAGAGAGCCAGGAAACUACCAAGGAACAUGACGACAAUGAACAGGAAAAUGUAGUUCACCAGAGAGCUGAUUAUACGUCCGUGUCAGAGAAGAUGUCCUGUAACUAUUGUACAACUGACUUCACUUCUAGAGAAGACCAGAUUUCGCAUUACAAGUCUGACUGGCAUAGAUACAACCUAAGACUGCGGUUGAAAGACAAAGAUUCUAUAACAGAGGCAAAAUUUAUAGAAAUAUCAGCUUGUGUAUCCAGCAUUUCUGGCUCUGAAUCCGAGAGUGAUGACUCGGACGUUGAGGAUGGAGAAAAACGGAAACUGCGUUCAAAGCCGAGCGGUAUAGCGGCAUAUCUGAGAAACCGAGGAGACUCCUGUAGUAGUAGCAAUGACAGUGAGACAGAACUGCCUAGCGCAGUUGAUGAUGCUGCAAGGAAAUUUCCUAAAUUAUUUUUCCGUAACAAAGAUGGCGAGCUGAUAUCGAUUUAUAGAUGUAUACUGUACCAUAAGAAGAAUCAGCCAGCAACGCUGAAUAACUUGGCUACCAUGGCAACAAAUGCUCCUCAUCAUAUGACCUGGGCUAUAUUCAUGGCUGCAGGCGGCCAUUUUGCAGCGGCUAUAUUUGAUAAGAAUGAGAUUCUGGUGCAUAAGACCUUUCAUCGAUAUGUUGUGAGAGCCAAACGAGGGACCGCUCAGAGUAGCAGAGAUAGUCAGGGUAACGCCCCUAAAUCUGCUGGAGCCAGUCUACGGCGAUACAAUGAGGCAGCUCUCAAGGAGGAGGUACAUGAACUUUUCUCAUCCUGGUCCGAACUACUCGCCAAAUGUGACCUGAUCUUCCUUAGAGCCCCGAGUUUUAACAAAAGAAUUUUUUUCUCCGGAAAGACUCCGCCUUUACAGAAGAAAGAUGAACGAAUCAGGAUGAUUCCUUUUGCCACACGGAGACCAACUCACAACGAGGUCAGACGAGUCCACGAGGUCUUGUGUUCUGUUGAAUGCUAUGGUGCCGAGUCAGAAAUUCGUGAUUUCAUUCCACUCUCGCCUGCGGUAACUUUCAGUGCAGACACAGGUCACCUUGAAAUUGUACCUGAUGACCCCCAAACAUCCCCAAAACACAGGAAAAUCAAGGACAAAUCAAAGCUUAAGACUUCACCAUUGGCUAACACUGACAGUAAAACAUCUGAAAGACCUGACUCAGCUGAGGACAAGUUAACCAAGCCCAUGUUUAAAUGUCAACAGCUUGAACUGUUAGAUGCCCUCCACCAUGAUACCCAGGCCUUGUCUUCGGGAGCAUCAACUGCCAGUGACACAGAUUUAGUAGAUUCUAUGGAGACCCUGUCUACUGAAGACUUGAAAGAGUUCAAGGCCACACGUAAACCUCGACCUCAGAGACCACGUGCUCGUAAGAGACGUCCAUCUUUAAAACGUCAAAUUGCCCCAGAAUCAGAUGCUUUGGAAGAAGAAAAAUAUCACCUGAAAAACUCACUCUACACUGCCUGUAAGGUGGGAGACUUUGAAACACUUCAAAAUCUGCUGGCUGUAUUUGCUUCUGAGAUGGCCCCUACAGAGUCUAUACCUAGAACCUCCAUAGAACCUUGUGGAGAGUUUAAAACAGACACAGUUAGUUCUUCCAAUGGUUCCCAAGACAAUUAUGAAAUACCUGUCAAAGAUAAAAGCGAAACUAAAAGAACUUUGAAGUCAAAUGAUGUGAUCACUGGUGUUUCUAUAUCAGAGAGAGAAUGUAAAACUGACAUGGAAAAAGACAAUCUAGAAAACACAUUGAGUGAAAGUGAAAUAAGUGAUCCCAAUAAAAAUCAGAAGGAGAAAGAGAGAAUGAAUUUAGAUAUUUCGAAUAAAACAUGUAACGAGCUACAGGGAUUUGGAUCAAAUUCUAAUGCCGAAGAAAUCUUGUCACCGAUGGUUUCCAUAGCAAUUUUAAAUGAGCCAAUAGGAGACCAGCUUACAACUCUACUGCAUGUUGCUGCUAAGGAAGGGCACAAGAAAGUGAUAAAAGCUUUGCUGGAAUCAGGAGCAGAUCCUGCCAUCAAAGAUAAGUUUGGUAAGACUCCCUACACAAGUACAUCCAACAAGGAGACUAGAAACGAGUUCAGGAGAUUUAUGGCCAAGUUCCCUCUCAAAUACGACUAUGAAGCAGCUCAGGUUCCUAGUCCUCUUACAGAGGAAAUGGAAACUGAACGAAGACAGAAGGAAGCAGAGAGAAAGAAAAUACAGAAAAAGGCUAAGCAGGAGAAGAUGAAGGAAAAGCAUGCAGAAGAAGAAGUGAUGAAAAAAGAAGAGAGGGAAAAAGUUAGAUUCCUAUCACUGUCUGACAGAGAGAAGCGAGCUCUUGCUGCUGAAAAACGUUUGGUGAAGCAGACAGUAGCAGAAGGGGUGACAACUCCGGUUUUGAGUCGGUGUUUCCAGUGUGGCAGAGACAUGACAGGGAAAGUCCCAUUUGAAUACUGUGACUAUAAGUUUUGUACAACAAAAUGUCUGAAGGAGCAUCGCUUAUCCAACACCAAGACAUGAAUUGUUGAUAUUAUCUGCUGACUAAAAAAACAUGAAUAACAAGUUGUGAUUAUUGAAGAAUAUUACCUCAGAGAAAUGGAAUUUUGGAUCCAGUUUAUAAAUUUUAAACAGUGUGGAUCGCGCAGUAGGUGGUGCUAACCAUUUACAGUUCUGUCGGUUAUAAGACUGGUGGAUUCCAUGUGGAUCGGUGACACUAACCAUUUACAGUUCUGUCGAUUAUAAGACUGGUGGAUUCUGUGUGGAUCUGUGGCACUAACCAUUUACAGUUCUGUUGGUUAUAAGACCAAUUCUAUGUGGAAAUGAACAGCAUCUCCAGCCAUUAGCCCUUAAUUAGGCCAGAGACAUUAAGACAUUUAUUCAGAAUUUAUCUAGACUUUAUAAAGCAUUAUGUGACUGGUUGUGGAUAGAAAGGAAACUCGAUAUAUAUGUUAUAACAACACCGGUACUGUUCCCAUUGUUAUUGGAGGUGGUUCCAGGGAUGUGUUCAUUUUAAUUUAGAAAAUUUUUCUUGUACUCUACCUCUGAUAAACACAAAAUAUUUUGGUUUAUUAACUGGAUAUGUUUGACCUAUGCUGUGUGCUUUGGGGUGAAAAUACAACAUCACUACUUUUGUGUUUAGGAGAUCAUUGGUCGACCGAAGAUAGAAAAUUAUAAGAAAAUAAUUGAAAAUUUAAACAAAACCAAUUAAUUGAUGCCAAAGCUGAAAAGAGAAUUCAUCAUUAUAAUUUAGAAAUGAUAAAAAUGUUAUUUUAUUUUUUAACAGGUACAUACCUAACUCCACUUUUCAGCACUUUAAUGGCUUCAUUCCUUGAGGGAUUUUGAUCAAACUUCACACAAAUACAAAUUUAAAAGGACCAUGAUAUAUAUAUCGGGCCAGUUCCAAGUUUCAGGGAUUUCGGGUCAAGGUCAAGUACUGUUACUGCUUUUAGUGGGAGUCGGUAUAGGGGACAUGUAUUUCUUUAGCAAAACCCAUAAAAUCAAUAACAUGUAUGUGUAAACAUCUUAAUUGUUGAUUAGAAAUUAAAAUGAACUAGAUUCUGUUUCUUAUAGCAAUUAGUGUCUGAAAAUUUCAGUUAUCAUACAUCUAUACACAGUUAUCAGUUUGGUAUCAUAACACCCAUUACAUAAAUUAUAUUAUAAAAUGUUUAUUACAAUCUAGUGGGACUCGGCAUAGAUGGGGAUUUGUGUUUCGUGUCAACUGUGGUAUCAUAACUGAAUGUCACAGAUAUCCCGUUGAAUUGUGUGAGGUCACAAAAGAAAAGGCUUGAACUCCAAAAUCAGUAUUUUGACCUGAGUCAUCAUUUGUUUCCAGUGUUCUAUGUAUGAACAGUACUGGGUAAAUUGAUAAUUGAAAAAUUCAAUUUCAUUCUAUUUCUUACAAAAUACUUGAAACUCAUCAUAAAGGUGCUAAAAUUGAAAACUUGUCAGACUUAUUUCAUUUAUCAAUCUCAUAUAGAUCAUUCGAAAACUUAAAAGGUCCUCAAUUUCUUACAUUCCAGGACUAUAUAUGCCAUUCCAUUCCUAAGUCACCUCAGUAAAUAUUUUUUGCCAGUGUAAAAGAUUUAUAGAUAUCAAUAUUUUUUCUUUGUUGAUAAUCCAUAAAAACCAGCAUAUUUUUAUGCACUCCCCAUGAAGUGGGGAGGGGGAUUAUAGUGUUACCAAGGGGCCGUGGUGGCCGAGUGGUUAAUGUGUCCCGACACUUUAUCACUAGCCCUCCACCUCUGGGUUGCGAGUUCGAAACCUACGUGGGGCAGUUGCCAGGUACUGACCGUAGGCCGGUGG